AUGCGCCUAGUAAGGACUAUGUGCCCCACCAUCUCAAAUGCGACUGUGGACACCAGCUCCAAGAUCACCACUGAGGACUUAAAGGAGAAAACAAUGAAUGGAAGAGAUGUACCUGCUAAUGGGAACACUAACGAGGAAAAUGGAGACACUAAUGAGGAAAAUGGGGAGCAGGAGGCUGACAAUGAGGUAGAUGAGGAAAAGGAGGAAGUUGGGGAGGAGGAGGAGGAACAGGAAGAAAAUCAUGGUGAGGAAGAAGAUGGAGAUGAAGAUGAGGUCAAGGCAGCUACAGGCAAAUGGGCAGCUGAAGAUGAUGAGGAUGAUGAUGUUGACACCAAGAAGCAGAAGAUGGACAAGAAUGACUAG